UCAAGACAAAACGCCGGGCUCGAGACAUCCCUCGCUAGACUUCUGACUUCUCUAUCAUUUUUCUGCACCCUCGGUAGUGUUGAGACCAGAACAAAGUUCAAAGCAGGAUAAAAUAUACAACUGAACUUGGUUAAAUUUUACCUGCAUGCAUUCAGGUGUUCUCCCAGUACGGAGCAAGAGGAGAAGCUUGGUUGGGUUGUGCUGUGCGCGUGCAGCAGCCUGUGUGAGUCAGUGAACCGGCGGAGGCAGCAGGGAGUCGCACAGAGACUGUGUGUGUGUGUGUGUGUGUGUGUGUGUGUGUGUGUGUGUGUGUGUGUGUGUGUGUGUGUGUGUGUGUGUGUGUGGCCGGCAUGUCGGACACAUGGAGCAACAUACAGGCGCACAAGAAGCAGCUGGACUCCCUGCGGGAAAGACUACAGCGGAGACGCAAAGACCCCACACAGCUGGUCUCAGAGGUUGGGGUAGCUGAGGGGGGUGCGGCACGCAGCGACAGUCCAGGGCCAGCCCUGCAAACCCCCGCCCAGGCAGAGCGACCCCCUGAUCCCGAACUGGAAAGGAGGCUCCUGGGCUACUUGUCUGAGCUGAGCCUUUCACUGCCUACUGAUUCGAUCACCAUCACAAGCCAGCUCAGCACUUCUGAUGCCCCGGUUUCUCACAGCUGCAUUCAUAGCCUGCUGCUCAAGUUCUCCGCCCAGGAGCUGAUCGAAGUUCGCCAGCCGUCACUCGUUCCCUCUACCUCUUCUUCUUCCAUCCCCUCCUCCACCCUUGUCACCUCUGUGGACCACACCAAAAUCUGGGCCAUGAUUGGAGGCGGAGCUCCAGCUCAGAGGACUGGAGUUAAGAGGAAAGCUGAGGACCAGGCCCACCACAAACGAGCGUCGGGCUCAUCCCCAUCUAUACAGACCUCUUCCUCGCCCUCUACGCCCUCCUCCAUUUCACUGGCUGCCGCCUCCUCAUCCCAGCUUGGAGGCCCUUCUGAUUGGAAAGCUGGUGGAGGAGGUGGGACAGAGAAAAAAGGCAGGAUGAGUAAAGGACAGACAUCACACCUGGACAUGGAAAUUGAGUUUCUCCUGAACCAGCAGUCCACUAAGGAACAGCAGAGUAAGAAGGUGAGCAGGGAGAUCCUGGAGCUGUUGAACAUGAGCUCAGCCAAGGAGCAGUCCAUAGUUGAGAAGUUCCGCUCCCGUGGGCGAGCCCAGGUCCAAGAGUUCUGUGAUCAUGGAACCAAGGAGGAGUGCGUUCGCUCCGGAGACACUCCCCAGCCGUGCACAAAAUUGCAUUUCCGGCGCAUCAUCAACAAGCACACCGAUGAGAGUCUGGGUGAUUGUUCCUUCCUCAACACCUGCUUCCACAUGGAUACCUGCAAGUACGUCCACUAUGAAAUAGACUGCCCACCGGAGGUGGAGACGGGCCCCUUGGGGCCACAGGCGGGCGCCACUGAGCUGGGACUGCACUCUGGGGAUGCAGACAGUAACGUGGGCAAACUGUUUCCUUCACAGUGGAUCUGCUGCGAUAUCCGCUACUUGGACGUGUCCAUCCUAGGGAAGUUUGCAGUGGUGAUGGCUGAUCCCCCGUGGGACAUUCACAUGGAGCUGCCCUACGGGACUCUGACUGACGACGAGAUGAGGAAGCUCAACAUUCCAAUCCUACAAGAUGAUGGAUUCCUUUUCCUGUGGGUGACUGGCAGAGCUAUGGAGCUGGGAAGGGAGUGCCUCAGCUUGUGGGGAUAUGAGCGUGUUGAUGAGAUAAUCUGGGUGAAAACAAAUCAGCUGCAAAGAAUAAUUCGUACUGGGAGAACUGGGCACUGGCUCAAUCACGGCAAGGAGCACUGCCUGGUGGGAGUCAAGGGGAACCCUCAAGGUUUCAACAGAGGGCUUGACUGUGAUGUAAUAGUGGCAGAGGUGCGUUCCACUAGCCACAAGCCAGAUGAGAUUUAUGGGAUGAUUGAGCGCCUCUCCCCGGGAACAAGGAAGAUUGAGCUGUUUGGCCGCCCUCACAACCUGCAGCCCAACUGGGUGACCCUAGGAAAUCAACUUGAUGGAAUCCAUCUAUUGGACCCGGAGGUGGUUGCGCGUUUUAAAAAGCGCUACCCUGAUGGGGUCAUCUCCAAACCCAAGAACAUGUAGACUCUAUCUGUAGACAACCUAUCUCAAGCCAGGUGUGGACCUGCUCAAAGACCAGUUGGACUGAUCCACUGAUUCAUGGCAUGGAGCGGAACACAAAAGUGUCACGUUCAAUGACUUUUUUUGUACAUAAGAAAUACAUUUUUAAUAAAACAAGCUG